CACUUUUUCAGAAACCUGAGAUCCGGUUGUAAAGGGAAGGACUUUGGCCAUUGUCACCAUUAGUGUCUUGUGAGUGAUGCUCCAGUUCACAUUGCUCAGUGUAACAGAAGGAAAUGAAGAACACCAGACAACUCGCUUAAGAUGAGCUAUACAUUGAGAAGAAGUCAAUCUCUUAAGAGCCUUUCUGGAAGUCAUAAUUCAUGGUCCACAUCAGAUAUUUGGUCGUGGGACCGGAGGACAUCUGUAUCUCAGCUUGUCAAAAAGUAUGAAAGCUGUGUGGAGCUCACAGAUGUCGACAGAGAUGAGGCCUGGUCUAAGUCAUCUGGGCUGAGAGGAUCAAACCAUGCUGAGAUUCAAGAGAGUAAAUUCGAAAGUCUCUGGAGAAGAUAUGAAUCCCUCAGUGCAUCCAAUCCCACUUUGUCCAGAAGCAUUUCAAUGGACAUGCUGCCCCAGCCGGACCUGGGGGGAUCUCAUUCACUGAGGACCCUGUCUGAGUCAAAAAGCGUCCUGCGACGAGACUACACCAGCAGCCCCCGGCUCAACGUCACACCACAGACCAGAAUGAGCCCAGUCGCUCUCAUGAGCUCAUCGGGGCGAAAGAAAAGUUAUUCCAGUACUACUCCGGUCACUAGAGCUAUAAAGGACAAGACUCAUCAGAUGGACAAAAGCUUUGAGUCAACACGAAGGAGAACCGUCACUGGGUUACCUGGACAUGCCACCCGAUCCGCCGGUGGACUAAAUGAUGACAGAAGACAUUUUAAGACAGACCUGAAAGAAUCAUCCAGUUUUCAAGAGCACAAACAAAAGUUGACAUUCUCUCCCAUUCCAACCGUGAAAGACAGAUCUGCUGUUUAUCUGUCAAAGGUAGCAGCUUCAGACGCUUCAGGAUCCACCGAACAGCUAGGCAACGGGAAACAAGAACACUUGAGCCUCAGUGGAAAGAAUAAACAAAGCAAGAUGGCAGAAGAAGCCGAACAGGUAAAAGUGAGAGAUGCAGCCACUGGAGUUGAUGAUGAUUUCCCUCCCCCUCCACCUCCUCUACCAAGACCUCAAGUUCUGGAAUUAAUUCAAAUAGAUCACGAUCAUAACUUCCUCCCUGUACCACCUCCAAAAGACACAUUUAAAGAUUGCUACCAGCAAAGACAGAAAAGUGAACUGAAACGUAUUUUUAAACACAUCCACCCGGAAUUAAAGAUGAGUAUUGAUGAUGUCGUAGAUGAUGAACUGAUAGAAGCAAUAAAUCCACAAGCAGCAGAGGGAGAAGUCCAAUCCAUGCGUUGGAUAUUUGAAAACUGGAAGCUUGACAACAUUGGAGACCCACAUGAAACCAAAAAAUUACUUGAUGAAGAAAAUCUUCAAGGUGGAGAUGUGAGGGGAACGUCCUCCCUGUUUGAGCAUUCAGUGUUUGAAGGUCAACACACAACAGGUGGUGACAAACCAGGUUUAGUCAAAGGAGACGUUCGCACGGCCACCUGGUUGUUUGAGACACAGCCUCUAGAUUCAAUUAGUAAGUCGAAAAUAGAGGAUGAAGAGAUUGUGGAGGCUGUACUGAAGGAACCUAUUCAGAAGGGGGAUGUGAGAGGUGCUCGUCUCUUAUUCGAAUCAAAGCCACUGGAUGCUUUGGGGCGCUGCUGCUCCAUUGAAGAUCAACGCUUUCUAACCCUAAAAUCAGAACUUCAGGAAAACAAAGGAGAUGUGAAGAAAAACAUCAAACUAUUUCAUUCAGAUCCCUGUUGCGCUCUUAGGGACACCAGCGGCCACAUCCAUGAGAUCAAGUCAAUCUGUAGGGAGGAAAUCCAGAGCAGUAACUUUAAAACAGCACGCUGGCUGUUUGAAACUCAGCCCUUGGACCGCAUUGAUAAAGAAAGGACUGGUGUGCAGAUUAUUCGGGGGAUCUCACUUGAGGAAUCCCAAAAGGGUGGUGUUGACCAAAAGAAAUGGAUGUUUGAAACCCAACCACUUGAUGCAAUUCGUGAAGGUGCUGUGGAAGAACAAAAGUUUAAAGGAACAGAGGAGGACUUCUCAGCAGAUGUUCAAAACAAACUAAAGCUUUUUGAAAACCAGCCCCUGUCGUCGUCUGAAGGUAUAGAAAAAGAGCCAAUUGUUGGAGGUAAUGUAGGGUCCACCCUAUGGCUUUUUGAAACACAGCCUAUGGACUCUCUAAAAGACAUCUAUGAAAGAGAUGAAAAUGAAGAUGUUAAAGACAAAAAGCAGCAGUUUGAGAAAUUCAGUGUUUGUAAAAUGACGGGUGAAAGCGUAAGCAAAGUUCAAGAUGUCGAGAGGGGAGAUGUCAAGACUUUCAAGAAUCUUUUUGAAACUCUACCUCUUAGUCACAUCUCUCAGAGCGAGAAUGCACAAGCUCAGAUCUGUGAUGUAACAGCUGGAGACGUCAAAGGCAACCAUGAAUCCACCCCAUUGUAUGCAAUUAAGGACAGUGCUGGCAACUUUCAUAAGGUAACUACUGUCAGUAGAGAGGAAUGCAUAAAAGGAAGCGUGCAAAAUUACAAAUGGAUGUUUGAGACAAAACCUCUAGAUAGGUUUGAGGAAGGUAAGAACGAAGUAGAAGUCAUUAAAGGCAUUACAAGGCAAGAAGAUACAACAAAUGAUGUAAGAACUGCAAAAUGGUUGUUUGAAACACAACCUUUGGAUUGCAUCCAUUUAAAAUUCAAUCAGAAAGACACGGAUUCAGCAGCACCACAGGAAGAAUGUCAAAAGGGUAAUGUGAAGACGUGCAAAUGGCUAUUUGAGACACAACCAAUGGACAUUUUAUAUGAGAAAUCAGAGCGAAACCAGGAUGUACAACAGGUGCCAACGGCUGAUGUGAAAUCACACACUUGGCUUUUUGAAACUCAGCCUUUGGAUAACAUUAAAGACAAGGAGGAAUUCAAUUUGAAAUUGUGCAGUACUGUGCAGGAAGAUGUAAGAAGUGAUGUCGAUGUAAAGACAAUAAAACGUCUUUUCGAAACCGAGACUUUGGACAGAAUAACAAAGCAAACUGAUUCUGCGCAAGAUAUAAGAUACGUCAGUCAAGUGGAUGUCCAGUCUGGAGAUGUUUCUCGAGUCAAAGACAUUUUUGAAUCCAAGUCACUUGAUGAAAUCGGAGGUGAGCGCAUUGAAGAGUCAAACACCGAGCAGCAGGACAAUGAAAUUCAGUCAGGAUCAGUGCACAAAUUCACUUGGCUCUUUGAGAAUCAGCCUAUCUGUGACAUUAAUGAUAAGGAAGAUAAAAUAAUUCCUAGUGUCAAUGAUGUUGAAAGCGGUGAUGUUGGACAUAAAAAGUUUAUUUUUGAAACCUUCUCUCUGGACAAAAUGCAGGAUCAAGAUCAACUGCACCAGUCAAUGACUGUUGAGCAACCCAUGAACACAAGCAUCAAUGUAAAGUCCAGCACAAUGCUUUUUGAAUCCCAACCUUUGUAUGCCAUAAAAGACAAAGAUGGACAGUUUCAUGAAGUGACCACAGUAAAGAAAGAGGAAAUGAUGGGGGGAGAUGUAAGGGGAGCAAGAUGGCUGUUUGAAACCAAACCACUUGAUACCAUUCAGGCAGACAAAGAAAUUUAUAUCAUCCGUGCAGUUACACAGGAGGAUGUGCUCAAGGGUGAUGUAAAAUCGGCACGCUGGAAGUUUGAGACGCAGCCUCUGGACACCCUUGAGGGACGUGAAGGGCCUUCGGUAAAGAUUGUGGAAGACAGAAGUCACGGAAAAAGUGUCCAAGAAAGCAAACAACUUUUUGAGACUGAACAAGUAGCCCAAAAGAAGUUUGUAAGGAUGGUGAGCGUUACAGAUGUUCAACAAGGUGAUGUCCGCACAUCCACUUGGCUCUUUGAGAAUCAUCCUAUUGGUACUCUGAAAGGUGACUCACAAGAGGAAAAUACCUUGCAAACUGUUCAUAGGGAGGAUAACACGAAGGGUGAUGUGAAACGAUGCACUUGGCUAUUUGAAUCACAACCACUAGAUACGAUUAAAAACCAAGAAUCUAGUGAAGAGUCUGCUUCAUCAAAGGACGAAAUUCCUAAGGCUGAUGUUAAAAGCACCACCUGGUUAUUUGAGACGACACCACUGGACAAAAUCACAGUGGAGAGCGUCACAGAUAUACUCUACCGUCUUUGUCAUGAUUCGUUUAUUCAUUCAAGUGGAAUCAUCAUCCAGGCCGAUGACUAUAAGUAUGUAAACAUGGCAAAAUAUCAGUUUGUUAGUGGUGAAGAUCCCAAAGUUGAAAAGGAGGAAGUUGUUGAAGGAAACAUCAGGAACAUAAUGCUGCAAUUGUUGUUCAGACCGAACUUCAGACCUAAAGUUGUUCUUGUUAAAGAUGACGACCAAGGAAAGGUGCACAGCACAGUGCUUGAAAUUCCACUACAACAACCUGGAUCUGCAGAAAACCCAGACACUGUGUGCGAGAUUCAAGAAGCUGUUAAAAUUAUUGAGAGCUUGCUGGUUCAGCAAAAAUCUAUCAAGACAGGAUUGGUCAUGCAAGAAUCAGAGGGAAGGCAGUCGGAGAUGACAGUGUAUUCCCUUCACUAUCAAAAAAGCACAACUACGGAAUCGCAAGAUGUCACACGAGGAGAUGUCAAGUCCACCAUUGGCAACCUUCUUGCCACAGUCCACAGCCAGCAGACCAAGCAAUCCUACCGAUUAGAACAAAACGAGAGGGGGAAUGUUGAUCUCUAUAGAAAUUGCAUUGAAAGUGGCGACCUCCAUUCUCUUAAGAGUCUACAGCGAGAGCUAUCUGAGGAGGAGCCGACUUCCUCACAGAGAGACCAAAUUGAAAUUGUCCAUGGUGAUGUGAAGGAAGCAAAGAGAAACCUCAAUCAACAAAGAGAACAAGUUGAACGAACUGUCUUGGAUGUUGUACCAGGAGAUGUGAAGAGUGCUAAAAAGGUUUUCUCAGAGGUUUCUAUAGAUCUGGCCGUCGGAAGCUGUGUGCCAAAGGAGGAGAUCGUUAAAGGUGAUGUUUUAUCUGCCAUGCAGCAACUUGAUGAAGCUAUCAAGCAGCAACUCGUGGUAGAGAAAGAAGAAAUAGUGUUUGGGGAUAUUAAAGCGACACUUGAAUCCUUGGAGCGAGCAAAGCAGCAAAGUAUGCUCGUAGAACGCGAAGUCAUCGUACCAGGCACCAUUUACGAUCUGAAUGUAGAAGCUGUGGAUGUGUGCUCAGAAGAUAAUGAAAGGAAAAUAAUGAAGGAGGAAAUCAUUUCAGGGGAUGUUAAAGCUGCCAAAAAGUCAUUGGAGAUGGCGAAGAACCAAAGUAUGAGAGUGGAACGAGAGGCUGUCACUCCUGGAAAGUUAUAUAAUCUGAACGAAUCAUCUCAGUGCCAAAACAUCUCAACAGCGCAGCAGUCUACAACAUCAUCCACGAGCAACCCGCAGAUAACUACGACAUUUCGAAAGGUUAGUGUUAUCAAGAAACCUCAGGGAUCCAAUGAAACAGUUUGUCAUCAGAAUGAAGUGGAAAGGAGAGAUGUAAUAAGUGUUGUUAGUACAGAAAAUGACUCGACGAGAGUAGAUAACAAUGCUCAGUUUUCAGAGAUAGAGCCUGAAAUUGUUAGAGGUGAUGUAAAGGCUGCAAUUCAGUCUUUACAAUGUGCUGUGAAAGAGCAGAGAGGUGUAGACAGAGAGCAUGUUGUAAGAGGUAAUAUGCAAGAGACACUCCAGUCUCUUGAAAAAUCUAGCAUUAAUAUUUCUAAAGGGGAUUACAAGGCAGCAAUGUUAUAUAGAAAAUCUUGUACACAGAACAGAUUGAAAAAUGACUCAGGGAUUGAGGAAUGCAAGCAGAGUUGUUUUGUAACAUUGCCUUCAUCUGACACUAAAUUGUCUUCUUCGGUUUCAGUGACCGGCAGUGAGCAUCUGACCGUCUUGGCACUGAACUCCGAACCUUUCAUAAGUCCCAACUCAGAUAAUUCACACCCGCAGACUAGCACACAUCCACCACCUAUCCCUCCGAAAACAGGUCAUCAGGUUAAAGGUCCGAAACCAGUUAUUCCACCAAAGCCAUUGAACAUCACCACUCAUGUUUCAAAAACCUGUUCACCCGAGCCUCCUAUAAGUAACCAACACACUCCAUCAGUUCUACCCAAAAAGACACCCUUCAAGAAAACGCACACGCAUAAACCGGAAACUAUGAAUUUUGAAAGCCUAGACAACAAGCAACACAAUCUUCAUGAACCAGUUCAAAGGACAGAAGUCAAAGAUCCUAUGGAUAUUCAGAAAAUGAAGUACACUGAGCAAUGGGUUCACAAUUCACGCAUGCAACAUAUGGACACCCCAUCAAUCGGCACAAUAGAAAAUGUUAAUGACAGUUCCUGUGCUUGUAAUAAAAUUGGAAUGGAGAAAAAUGUGAUUCAGAAGAUAAAUGCUGCUGAAGAGAUCAGGAUGUGUAUGCAAAAUUAUUCAGUGGACACUAGUGAAGAAUUAAACAUGGGAUUUAAGGUUGCACUCCAGAAUUUUGGGGAAAAGAAAACGGCUACUGCAGACACAAAGAAAAUUCCUAAAGUCGUUCCUAAUAAAACUAUCGAGGAACAAGCAACAAAUGAAGUUGCCCUACACCUGCCCAAAAAAGAUAAAGGCACAGAUACACCAGAAAAACAUAAUGAAUCCUUUAAAGACCACAGUAACACUGAGAAGAAAGUUGUUUUGAGAGAAAAGAAAGUAAAGAGGGAAACCGAAGACGAGCGUCGUCAGAGGCUGUCCGUCCACAAAGAGGAUAUCAUAAAGGGCAAUGUGAAAGCUGCCAUGGAGAUCUUCGAAAAUCUGAUGAGACGAGAGGAACUGAAAAUCAUUUUGUCGAAAGUUCAGGAAAUAGAGGGCGAGACUUGUGAGGUGGAUGUCAGAUCUCUGAAGACUUUGUAUGAGAACAUGCCUGCUUGGAUAGCCGGUCCAACAAAAAACACAAAGCAUAGACCUUCUACAAAGGAGACGAGAUCCGAAACAGAGGGACUGAGAGAUGAUCUAGAGAGCGUAUCUUCUGUUGAGGCUGCUUUUGAGGAUUUAGAGAAGGCAAGCGUGGACAUUAUUCGCUUGAAAGAGCAGACAUUAGCUAAACUUAUGGAAAUAGAGGAAGCUAUAAAAAAAGCUUUGUAUUCUGUCUCAAAUUUAAAGUCUGAGGCUGACAUUGCAGGAUUGUCGGGUCUUUUCAGUGAGUCCUUAAAUGCUGACAAUGUUUCUCCAAGUACGAAUAACAUUAGGAAAAUAAGCAUCGUGUCCAGUAAAGCAAAGCCGGUGCAGUCUAAACAGGUACAUGGUACUGAUAAAACGGCAAAUUCAGAUGUGCUAAAAGAGGCAUGCAAACCAUGCCCGAAUCUCCCUUCUUCUCCAUCUUUCAUAUCUAUUCAUUCUGCAGCAAGAAAACCUGUGGAUACAAAAGCGAGUGACCAACUUAAAGCAAGCAGUACCUUUAAACAGUCCUCAACUGCCAACAAUCACAUAUGUAGCCCUCAAAGUCCCAAAAGGAAGGUGAGUGUUCUUGAAGUACAAACGGUCCCUCAGGUUGAAAGUGGAAUUAUUGGAACUCAGACCGUCAGUGAGAAAUAUGAAGAAGUUGAUUGCUUUGGAAAUACAUACUUCUCUUCCAGAAGCUCUACAUUUGUUACAAAACAGUCUGAGACCGAAUCAUCAUCCUCGUAUGAUGUAGUUACCAAUUCAGGAAGGUAUGAUGCCAUGACUUCUCCCAUGACGCAAAGAUCUGGCCACACUUUAUCUACAAAUUCUCUAUCAAAAAGAAAAGACGGCAAAGUGUUUGUUACUUUCGGUCAUUCAAACACAGAAAAACAUUAAGCUAGCAGUUCAUUCCCUUUUGUUACAAUGUUUGGUGAUGUUGUUUUUAUCUCCAUAUAUCUUUUUAAUAGAAAAAAGUAGAUUUUUAUUCUCAUUGUUUGUGUGUACAUGUAACAGAUAUAUUGAGAAUAUUGAGAAAGAUUUUUCAUACAGUUGUAACUUGAUUUAUUAUAAAUGUUAAUGUUAAGUAUGUAUGUUUGUUUUAGGUGUUGUAUAUUUAACUUAAAUAAAAUUCUUACAAACUUACAGAAUUUCUUA